AACCCCCGGUUUCCGACCUGAACUUCAUUCAUUCCGCUCUACGCUUGUGCGAACACGACGAAGACGUGGCUUAUUUCUUUCACUAUUUUGGAUUAUCGAAUUAAGGCAGAAGGAUGAAAUCUGUUUGUCUGGUCGCUUCUCAGACGCAUAGGACAGCUCCAGUGGGCAGGAUGGAGCAGUCACCUGUCAGCAGCAGGCCAAUCCUCUGGAGACCAUGGCUCAUGACCAAUCAGGACUCUCGUCCCGUGAGCCUGAGGAGCAAGCUUAUCUGUCCUUAUUCCCGACCAACGGUGCCAAGCAACACCAUGGCAGAUGGCAAAGCUCAGCCUUUCCAGCACCCUGUGAGACUGUUCUGGCCGAAAUCCAAGUCAUAUGACUACCUCUACAGCGAUGGUGAAGCACUGCUGAGAAAUUUCCCAGUCCAGGCAACUAUCUGUUUCUACGACGAGUCUGAUAGCGAAGACGAGGAGGAACAGGACGACUGGGAAGACGAGGAAGAUGAUGAUGACAAAGAAUUCCCAAAACCCCAGGGCCAUUUUUGCAACUAUAACUGAAUUGCGAACUGAAUUGAGCUCAGGAGCAAAUACACCCAAGGAACAUCAGACAUUCAAGUCAGGACUGUCUAAUCACUGAGAAAAUAUCAUAACCAAACCUGCAUAGUUCUGAAUAUUAUCACAAAAAAAGGCAAGAGAACAUCUUCAGAACUGGAUGGUUUUCAACUGUAAUUUCCUCUGGGAAAUGUAAAAACGAUCCCACAUUGGGAUGAAUGUUUCCAAGAUGACUCAGGGUCUUUUUUUUUUUUUGUAUGCAAUAUUCCUUUAUUUUAUUUCCUUGUCCCUAAUUUAUGUUGUAUAUAUCUACAUCUACAGUAUAUAUAUAUAUUUAUGUCCUAUUUUUCUACUUUUGUGUAAAUUACACAAUAAACCUAAAUAAGAAAAGAGUGUUUUGUUUUUUAAGU